AUGGAGCUUUCCCGCAUUAUCCUCGCCAUCGUCGUCUACUUUGUUCUCCGUUUCAUCCGUACUCGCUUCUUCGGCAACAACAACACCACCGGAUCCACCAUGUCGCACGGAAAGGUUAUCGAGGUUGACAACCCCGUCAUCUUCAAGGCGCUCACCUCCAACGGUCCUGUGGUCGUGGACUUCUUCGCAACCUGGUGCGGUCCGUGCAAGGCCGUUGCGCCAGUGGUCGGCAAGCUCAGCGAAACCUACACCAAUGUGCGCUUCAUCCAGGUCGACGUCGAUAAGGUCCGCUCGGUGGCGCAGGAACUGGAGGUGCGCGCUAUGCCCACGUUUGUCCUGUACAAGGAUGGUCAGCUGCAGGAGAAGCGCGUCGUGGGUGGAAACAUGAAGGAGCUGGAGGCAGCCAUCAAGGAAAUUACGGCAUAA